UGGACUUGGCUUCAGCGGCGCCAGGGUCUGGCGCUCAUCGGCCCGCAGGCAGGUCCAGUACUCUUUGGAGCUGCAGCCUCGUACCUGUCAACUGGGUCUGGUCAUUUCCGUCCCAUCGCAGGGCGGCUCAAGUGGGCGUACACGGCUUUCCCCCCACCCCCCAAAAUUGUUAACCCUGACCGUGCAUCCCAGCUCCUGAAGCCCCGACUCCACUUAUCCGAGGCUGCUUGCUGGGUGACGACCAGCGGGGACCCUCCGGCAGCCAUCCUGCCACGGGCAGUGCCGGGCCUUCGGGGAGGAGCAGCGGGGCACGGGCGCGGGCACCGAGGGCGGCACAGCUCCGCGGGAGCGAGAGCCAGCUGUAGGCGGCUCCUUCCUGUGCAAAGUUUUCUGACCUCUUCCUCCUCCCGCCCUCCCCGCCAGCAGCUCGGCGCCCGGCGCCCGGCGUCCAGCCUCCCGCCCCGCGCGCUGCCUCGGGGUCGCCGCGCCGGCAGCGCACCCAGGGCGCCGGCCCCACCCCGCGCUCCGGGCCGGCCGCUGCGGGCCCCGAUGGCCGAGGCGGGCAGGCGCGCCGCGGAGCCCCCGGGAGAGCCGGCCGGGCCGGCGGCGGCCGAAGCCCCCGAGCCCGCGGCGCCCGCCCUGCGCAGGCUGCCUGGGGACCCGAGUCCCCGCGGCCGCUCCCAGAGCGACCUGUCGUCGUGCUCGAGCAGGGGCCGCCCGCUCCGGGUCCACAUCACCGGCUCAGUUGAUGGACUGGACAAAGCUUCUAUAGCAAACUCAGAUGGCCCAACAGCAGGUUCCCAGACACCUCCCUUCAAGAGAAAGGGGAAACUCUCCACCAUCGGUAAAAUCUUUAAGCCUUGGAAAUGGAGGAAAAAGAAGACCAGUGACAAAUUUAGAGAAACCUCAGCAGUAUUAGAAAGGAAGAUAUCCACAAGACAAAGUAGAGAGGAGCUGAUAAGAAGGGGAGUUCUUAAGGAAUUGCCUGAUCAAGAUGGAGAUGUAACAGUUAACUUUGAAAAUUCAAACGGGCACAUGAUACCCAUCGGAGAGGAGUCUACCCGAGAGGAAAAUGUAGUAAAAUCUGAAGAAGGUAAUGGCUUUGUAGCUGAAAAAGCACCACCUCUGGAGGAAAAGGCAGAAGAUAAGAAAGAGAACACUGAAAACCACUCGGAAACACCAGCCGCUCCUGCUCCACCUCCUCCAGCUCUUCCUAAGCCUAAACCCAAACCCAAGCCCAAAAAGUCACCCGUGCCUCCAAAAGGGGCCGCUGCUGGGGCCAGCCCCAAGGGCGACGAAGUGCCUCCUCUUAAAAAAAAUACCAAGGCUCCUGGUAAGCAGGCCCCUGUCCCUGCACCCAAGCCAACGAGCCGAAACGCGACCCGAGAGGCUGCUGGUUCCUCUCAUUCAAAAAAAACAACUGGCUCCAAAGCAUCAGCUUCACCAUCUACUUCCUCCACUUCAUCUCGUCCCAAAGCAUCAAAGCAGACAGUUUCUAGCAAAACAGGGACAGUGGGAAUUGCAAAAGGCAAGGAAAAAACCGGCAAGCAGCCAACGUCUCGACCGUCCUCAGACACAGCCACUUCUGGCACGUCCGACCUUAAAGGAGAGCCUUCGGAGACCAGUGCGGAGGGUCUCAACCCUGAGCAGACUGUCCCUGGGACUGAGGAGGAGACCACAGGCAAAUCCAAGCCCACAGUCCCUCCGCCCCCGGGGGCUCCACCGCCUCCUCCCCCGGCCCCCCCUCUUCCCCUUGAGGAGCAGUGCAUCAUGGCCUCAGACACUCCUGUCGUCCUGGUCAGCAAUGGAGCCGACCUGUCCGUCCCUGCCUUAGACCCAAGUCAGCUUCUCUGGACUGAAGAGCCGACAGACAGAACCGCUGUCCACUCAGCCACUGGCUUAAGUGUUACCCGAGAAAAUGCAAAAUGUUUCACAACCAAAGACGAGCUGGGAAAGGCAGCGCCUCAGCUACUGACUCCUGGGCUGAUGGGAGAAUCCUCAGAAUCCUUCAGUGCCCCAGAAGACGAAGGCCGUAGGGAGUACCAGGCCAAUGACUCGGACUCUGAUGGGCCUAUCUUGUACACCGAUGAUGACGAUGAUGAAGAGGACGAGGACGGCAGUGGAGAAAGUGCUUUGGCUAGCAAAAUACGGCGAAGGGAUACUCUUGCUAUCAAACUUGGCAACAGACCAUCCAAGAAAGAGUUAGAGGACAAAAACAUCUUGCAGCGAACAUCUGAAGAAGAGAGACAGGAAAUCCGACAACAGAUUGGAACCAAGCUGGUCAGGAGACUUAGCCAGAGGCCCACAACAGAGGAAUUAGAGCAGAGAAAUAUCCUAAAACAAAAAAAUGAGGAAGAGGAGCAAGAAGCAAAAAUGGAACUCAAACGCAGACUCAGCAGAAAGCUCAGCCUGAGACCCACCGUGGCAGAGCUACAAGCUCGAAGGAUCCUGCGGUUUAAUGAGUAUGUUGAAGUCACUGAUUCUCCCGACUAUGAUCGCCGGGCAGACAAGCCCUGGGCCAGGCUGACACCUGCAGACAAGGCAGCGAUAAGGAAAGAACUAAAUGAAUUUAAAAGCACAGAAAUGGAAGUUCAUGAAGAGAGUCGACAGUUUACAAGGUUUCAUCGUCCGUAGUGAAAUGCAAGACCCUUUGAAAACAUAGACUGAUCAUCUUUGGGGGAAGCCUUGCUUCCUGAAAACCUGAUAUUGCACUGGGAUUUGAAUGUGUGUGUUUCCAUUGGACUUCUGGUGAAAGAAGUGUGUGAAAAGUGCUCCUCACCUGGACAGCCCAGCUGGGGCCACGAGCAAAGGGAGGGGCGCGGCAACCCUGCCGUCCAGCACGAGUAUUGCUGGUGAGGGACACCAUGGUGGCACCAGUUGUUCUUCAUCAGGAGUGUUCAUCAAAGAGAACGAGCAGAAGACAAUCGCUGGCUCCGUUACCAGAAAGCCACAUUUUAGCGUGCGGGUAAAAGAGAAAUGGGGAAUGGAAUUGCUGGGCCCUGGAAAGGGGUGGGGAUUGAAAAUCAGAACAAAAGAAAAAUAUUUCAUUAUGUUAAUGAAGAAAAGAGAGAAUUGAAGCAUAAAUGUAUUGUUGAAGUAGGCUUUUGGUAGCUGAGAACUUAUUGAUGGAUUUGGGAAUCUAGUGACCCAGCAUGGAUUCCUGAAAGACCUGAUCCUAGAACAAUACUAUGUUGGUACAGUAUAGUACCAUUAUUUUAUGUUGUGCCAGUGAAUCUAAUUGCCAGAAAGAAGUCUGUUUUCAUGCAUCUUUUUCUUAAAUGCAAGAGGCUUUUACUGACUCUUAACAAGCAUGCUUACCCAAAUUUUGUUGCAUGCUUUAAGUAGCAUAGCUAUAAACACUUCACGUUUUUUUUUAUACUUCUACCUAAUAUACCAACCUUCCACAAGGAUAACAGACUGGGAAUAAAGUCAGAUGUAAGGUGACCCUAUAAAUCUGUAGCAAGCUUUAGAAAUAAAUCUUUUGGCCUUUCCCUAGCUCGAUUAUCUCCAAAGUGAAAACAACCACUCUUGAGCUAAGGAAGAUAAUAUCGACAAUCACUGUACCUUUAAAACAAAUCCCAAUCCAAAGUUAAAGCUUAAGCAAAAUGCAAGUGUUCUGCCAGCCGUUAGCUCUGAGUGGGAAUGCAAAGGACUACUUAUUUUUAGUGCUGCGUUAAGUUGGAUUGCUGCUAUUAAAAAAAUAAAGCUCUUGGAUCAAAAAAAUACUCACCCAAAGGCUUAAAAGACCACAGGAAAUUUCUGCUAAGUUGCAAGUGAGGAGACCCUCGUUUUGUAUUUUAAGAGUCUGCUGAUUGCGUCCGUAAAUACAGCAUUGACGUUCAGUGCAAAAGUCAGUGGGGUUCUGGUUAUGGAAGGUUUCCUGGUGAGCCUACAGUCAGUACUGUUUACUUUGAGACCCUCUGUUGCUAUCUUGCUAUUUUCCAUGGAGUCAUGGGCACAGCGUGGCUUCUGCUCCCAAAUACAUAUGACCCUAUGUAAAUACAACCUUGCAUUUAAUUGUUCUUUCAUGAUUGUUUUGUGCCCCUUUUAUUAAAAACACAUGAGAUGUAUAAUAACAAGAUAAGACCUAAAUAGACUAUUUUAUUCUCAGAGCUUGGACUAAAAUUUUCUGAAAUGAUGCUGAUUUAUAAUAUGGAAGACUAAUUUUUUAUUUCAACCAAAAAAGCAAGCAUUUAAUCUGGUGGAUAAAUGUGGAUCCUGCCAUUCAUUUAUAUUUUAAAGAACCACUUGAAAUUGGAUGAUUUUGCUUAAAAAUAAAAAAUUUUAGCCUCAAUUGGCCCAUUACAGAAAGCCAGGACCAUUUUCUAACUAAGAAAAGUAACCAGCAUUGUUUCACCUCUUGCUGCACUCAACUAUGUGUAUUAAUAAAAUAAACCUAGAUUUCUGCACUGUUGUUAUUUCAUUAAUAGGACAAGGACAUGUUUUUGCUUUGAAAAAAUUUUCUGGAAACCCAAAUGUCUUUCUCUGGCUGAAGUUUUGUCCAUUUCAUAGUGUUUAAAUCCAGCCAUACAUAUUAACUUUAUUCCAAUUUUUUGUCGGUCACCCUUUUCCUUAUUAUAUCUUAUUAUCAUUUUAGAGUCUUGGGAAAAGUACCAAUGAAUUUAAUGUUGUUUUAAUUUUAUAUACUUGUAAUCAUUAAACAUUGUCUUAAUUUCUAAUCACAGACCUCUAUAAAAAUGGUAAAUAUAAGACAUUAUCACCAUUUUAUCACUCAAGGUGCAUGUCAUAGAAAGUCUCUAUUUGGUUGAUAAAAGGAAGAAUUUUUUCCCACUUGUGGUGGAUGUGAUGCAGUUCUUAUUCGAUACAUUGAGAUGCACCCAGUACAGAAAUGAGAAUCUGGUACCUCAAUAUAGUGUUUCCUUGGUAUGAGAUGUCAGAUUUGUGAACUACCCACGCUUUAUCUUUGUAACUGAUUGACACGUUUAGAGAAAAGCUCAAAAGUCAGAGAGAAGUUAAAAAGUCAAAAAAAAUUAACCACCGCUAGUUUAAUAUUUAAGAAUUGGACCCACCAAUUAUUUCAUUAGACUGAUUCUUUAAAGAAAAAGCUGUGGAAAGAAUCGAAGGAUUAUGAGCUAAGCCGUAUUUUGCAGAAUAAGGCUCUAUUUUAAUAGCUAAUUUUAAAAGGCAGAAACGAUGCCUGUUCACACCAACAGCCCAUCCAGAAGUUCUUGCCUGGCCGCCCUAAAAGAAUGCACAGGUGUGGACCACUCGCCAAUGCUGGCCCAGUUCCAGCAUUUCUGCAAUCCAGCCCAUCAGCUGCAAUUCUAUAAAGAAAAUAAGUGUGUGUGUGAAUUGGGUGGUUGUAACACCCCACCAAGUUUUCCCUAUUUCAACAUAGAGGAAGUGAGUGGGUUUUCCUGAGUCCCCAGGAUGUGAUUAAGGAAGAAAACAAACCCAUCUCCAGGAAGGUCCCAGGCAGGAAAGAACUAGACAGACUCUAAAACCCAGACUGCCUAUUUUCAUCUUUCUUAAAGUAGAGAUAAGGAACAUUAACAUUAAGGUGGUAAGAAGACGCUGUGGCUUUAUCAGCAUCCUCCUGGUCAUUAUCAGCCAGUCUGCAAAAUUAGUUCUUGGGUGACCAGCGUUAAUUUAAGGCAGCCCUGCCUGAUAAUUUCCUGUGGUUGUAAAAUGUCUUGCAUUUCUUAUGUUUGACAUAGUUUACCUUUAUGUUAAUUCCUUCAAUUAUUUAAAUGAAAUCUAUACUAUUCAGAGAACAAUUUUGGGUAUUUGAAUAGCUAUUUUAAAUACAGGAAAAAGCAAACUCAUCUGUCUCUGAUUUAUCCAGAAAAACUGACUUCCUGGUUUCAUUUUGUGUCCUUUAUUAGCAUAGUAAUUGUAGUUAACUUAUCUUUCUCUCAUGUUAGUAAAUAUAUUCUGUUAGUAGAAAUUUCUGAAAUGUAAGUGAAAAUCUAUUUAAGGAAGUAGGGGAAUCGCAUACACCCUUCAAAAAUCAUCAGGUGUUGAAAACAAGAGAUUCCUUAAAACCUUAAAGAAAACCUUAAAACUCAUAUUUGGGUUUUACACCCUGUAAUUAAUUCAGUGCCGCCUUGGUACUUUUUAAAAAACGCAGCAGCUUACACUUGAAAGAGGAAAAAAAAUCAGCAUUAACACUGCAUGUCCUGUUAUGUACCACAUUUUAACACAUAACAAACAUGGUAUUUAUUCUUAGUAGAAUCAGAAAGAUGCGACUUUCAAAAGUUAUACUGUAUUCACAUUAGAAAAAGGAAGUCUUGUCUACCACGCAGUAGUAUGUCCAUAUUUAAACAGAGAAAGCUUUCUUUUCCUCCUUUCUUGCUCAGAAAUUUCCUCAGUUUGUUAUUUCUUGUGAUCGCAGCAGAACAUUUCACACAGAGUCAGAAAUCCUGCUCAGAGCAAGUGAGAUGGAAUCACUGGUACAAGAUAUAUGUUUAUGUCAUUUCAUCACUGUGGUGGCUUAGGCAUUCCUGAAUUCCAGUCACGUUAUUAAGUCUAACCUGACUAGGAAAAGUAUAUACUUUGAGAUGAGAAUCAAUUUCUUCACGUCAUUAGAAUAUGUUGUGAGCACCAAGGAACCACUAAGAUGCAAUUUAUUUACAAAGUUGUCCCUUGGCCUGUUGAAAUAGCUUCACUAUUCCACUGUUACACUAUUGAGUAUUUGCUCUUUACUUAUUGGUAGGAUAUAUUACAUUGUUUUACUUAGCAAAGCAGAAUGAACUUCUAGAACUGGAUUAUGUCCUAGAGGGGAAUGCAAUGGCAAAAGUAAUCAUCAAAUAGGACCAUCUUUCUGAGAGAAAGCAGAUCUCCAGAUAGUUCAAACCCAAGUUCCCAAGAGGUGCCUGAGGCUCUAUUAUAAUUUGGCAGUGACCCACGGGCAGUGGCGACAAGGGUUGAAUACUCCCAAACCAUUCUCUCUUUUUUUUUUUGUAAUCAUUAAGCUUAAGCUAUGUAUGGAAAUGGGAACUACCAUUAGCAUUUCUAGAAAACAACAGAAACAUAGUCCACUUAUGCUUUUUCAAAGACAGGGUCAUCCCACAUUAAGAAAUGCCAUUGUAAAUGCAGUAAGAUUUCUGGCAAAAAAAAACCCAAAAGAAUUCUGUGGCAGCUCUUCCCACCAAAAGCCAACCCUGUAGGCACAGAUCAUUUUAGCCGUGCUAGGAUUUGCUGCACAAAAAUGUCAUUUAGCUUGUCGCAUUGCUAGCACAGCAACAUGUAUGAGCAAAGCACCGUUGAUCAGUGUUUCUCAGUGGGGAUGCUGUUGGCAUUGGGAGCUGUGCGUUCUUUGUUGUACAGAAAUGUCCGACACGUUGCAAGGUGUUUAAUAUCCUAGGUCCCUGCUGACUAUACGCCAAGAGCGUGCCAAGGCUUUGUAAAAACCAAAAGUAAAAAAUUCUCCCCUGUGAUCAAAUGCUCUCCGAGGAGGAUAGGACCACCUCCCCACCUCCCUUGCCUACCAAUGUCUACUGCAAUUUGAGGACACACCGGAAAAAGUUUCUAUCUCUAAACAUCGGCUCGACUGCCUUGUCUUUCUUUGGGCCCUGAAUUGUUUCCUCCCGCUUCACUUUUCAAGACUUCUGUUUUGAUGCAGCUUUAAUUUGCCGGUGCUUCAGGGAGCAGGUUGCUGGGCAGCCUUGGCCGUUCUGGUGGGCACCAUCACUUGGUUAGUCCCUGUAAGUACUUAAAGGAGAGAUUUCACAUGAGGCAGACUUUUCUCUUUUUUUAAGCCUCACAAUUAUACUUCGGAAGUACACUGUUGGUCAUAAUCCUUGUCAGUCUUAUGAGGAUUGUUGCAUGGCUUAACCACAAGCACAGCGACUAACAACCCACAUAAAAAAACAUGUGGUCUGUGAAAAUCACCCUUAGACCUCACCGGGUAAACUGCAUCCCAUGAGUUCCAGAACAGUUGCCUGUUUAUCCUAUGAAGGAAACAUUUAAUCCACAAGCAAAUACUUAAAUUCUCCCUGUAGAAAUAUAGUCAUGUGGUUCAUCUGCCCUGAGAUUUGUGAAAACUGAAUUAUAAAGGAAAUGUGGAUUAACUGGAUUGCGUGCAUAUUGUUCAUUCUUGAAUGAAGGUCAUACACAAAGCAAGAUGAGUUUUACCUAGGUGAAACAUUAUUAAACUAUAGUAACAAUACAUAAACGUACUUACUCUCUUUGUUGCUCUUUGUCAAGAAAACUGAAUGGUAAAUAUGUCUUGAAAUGAUUUGGAAGAAUUGUGGCUAAUAGAAUGGAAUUAAUUUAGCCACUGUAGUUUUUUAAAAUAUUAAAAUUUCUAAAUAUCUUUUUUGAGACAGAGCAAUUCAAAGUUGAAAAGGUGAUUAUAUUGUGAACUUUUAGAUGGUGCUUAAGAAUUCUUAUCUUGUUAAAUACCGGUAUAUAUUUUUUAAGAAUAAAUUGAAGGGAGUAAAUGAAGCAGAAUGCCACUCCACCCUCAGGUCAAUUUUAUGGUAUAUUAAAAUGCCAAUAGUAUUUGUGCCACUUGCGAGUUUUGGGGGCUUUUCCCUUACUGCAUGCUUUUCUUAUAGUUUGACUGUAUCGUUACAUUGCUUAGAGAGCUUCCACAAGGAGAAGUCGCUGUUGCAAUGCUAACUAGUGUUUGAAGACUAUCUGAAUGAAUCUAGGAUCAAACCACUUUCAUUACUUAAAAUGUAGGCACUAAUUUUUAUUUUUAUUUUUUUAAAUAUUCUAUGGCUUAGAAAUGUGCCAAUGUGCUCAAAAUAUUCUGUACCGAUUUCACCAGACUGAGUACCUACCAAAAACUCAAACUAGUCAUUAUUUUUUUCUGUGUAAGAGUGAUUCUUAAAUAAAGAACCAUAGGCGUUCUUUCGUUAUUUCAAUCUUUGGUGAAAGUGAUAAGAAUGGUAAGCUGUGAUCAUUAUCAGACUGAAUGAUUUCUGAUUUCCAGUGAGUGAUCUAAUUCUCCGUGUUACACAGGUAUAAUAUCUGUGAGUGUGAAUAACUGGAACUGUACUCUGAUUGACAUGACAGUUUCUCUCUUUGUUGUUCUUGGCCUGUACUGUGUUAUAGUGUGUGGGUAUAAAUAUCUACAAGUAUACACACCUAUGUACAUGUAUUCCACUAUUGUAACCUGAAAGAAAGACUAUGUAUUAUCUUUUUUUAUUCCGUACUGGUGUUUGUGUUAUUUAAAAAGCAAAAUUAUGCUCUAUUUAGUUGUAUAAUAUUAUCGGAUACUUUACCGUGCACAAUUCCAAGUGCCUUAGAACAUUGUUUAGCUUUCUUAAAUAUAUAUAAAUGCAUAUAUGUAUAAAAUUGGGAAAAGUUACCUCAAUAAAAUCAUUGGGAAAUUCCCAGCUUUAGUUUGUUCCAA